UUUGAAGAUGAAGCUCUUUGUGUGCAUUGCGGUUCUCGUUGGUUAUGCCGCCGCGGCGUCCAUAGACCACAAGGUUGUUGGAGGAAAGGAAGCCACUCCUCAUGAGUUCCCUUACAUGGUUUCCCUCCAAUGGAUGGACAAUCCUAACACCAAACACUUCUGCGGAGGACUUCUUCUCAGUGAGAAAUGGGUUUUAACUGCUGGCCACUGCGUCAAUGCCUUCAGUAAGAACACUGAAGUUGUUGCUGGAGCUCAUAGUAUAAAGAAACCUGACAGUUAUGAGCAGAGAAGGACGCCCUUGAAGACAUUCGUCCACGAAAACUACGGUGGAGACGUUGGUCCACAUGAUCUUGGCCUUGUUGAGGUCUCAGAACCCUUCGAGUUCAACGAAUAUGUGACUAAAGUUAAUCUGCCCACUGAACCUGCCUAUCCAACUGGAAUGGCGACUAUUUCCGGAUGGGGAUCGAUGUCCAACAACUUCUUCCCUAAAUACCCCGACAAGCUCAUGAAGGCUGAUCUCCCGCUUUUGGACUCUCAGAAGUGCUUCAAUGACUAUCCCGGAACGCCAAUGCACGAAACCAAUGUGUGUGCAGGCGAGCCUAACGGAUCCAAGGCGGUGUGCAGCGGUGAUUCCGGAAGUCCUCUUGUGGUGAAGAACUCCGAGGGAGAAUUUGUGGUGUACGGAGUCACGAGCUGGACAUGGCUGCCCUGCGGAUCUCCAGGAAAAACAGGAGUUUUCGUAAAUGUGUCUCACUAUCUGAAGUGGUUGGCUGAGAAAAUGAGCAGCCAGUGAAUAUUGGAUUUUGUUAUUAAUGUACAAGCAAAAAGAUAAAAAAUAUGAUAAGAAAAAAUUGAAAAAAAGCCAAGCAAGUUGAGUU